AUGUCUUCUACCUCUCCAGCUGGUAAGCGCAAACGAAGCGCCUCACAUCUCCCUAUCCCUCAACCUACCACCGACAUUCAACCCUCUUCACGCGACGCGUCCGGCGAAGAAGGCGAAGACUCAACCGGUCCAUCCAAUGCGCUCCCUAAAUCCAAGAAGCAUGAUGUUACUCCUCACAAACGCGCCCGCAAAAGCUCUGGAGAUGACUCGGCUGUGACGAAUGGCGUCGCUGAUGCCAUGAACAAGGAGGAUCCCCGGGGAACCCUCGGAGACUACCUUGGCUUCGAUUCUAUGCCUCCGCCGCAACGUGGUGUCUUGCAGGACCCCGUUGGAUAUAAGACGAACCCGCCGCCGGUGGGUAGGCCGGUUCGUGUUUAUGCGGAUGGUGUCUUUGAUCUGUUUCAUCUUGGUCAUAUGAGACAGCUUGAACAGGCUAAGAACGCCUUCCCCGAUACCUACCUCAUUGUUGGAGUCACCGGUGACGAGGAAACACACCUCCGUAAGGGUCUUACUGUCCUGAGCGGUGCCGAGCGAGCCGAGACCAUCCGGCACUGCAAGUGGGUGGAUGAGGUUAUCCCCAACUGUCCCUGGGUAGUGACUCCGGAUUUCCUGUCGGAGCACCAGAUCGACUAUGUUGCCCACGACGAUCUACCAUACCAGGCUGCGGAGGGUGAUGAUAUUUACGAGCCUAUUAAGGCUCAGGGCAAGUUCCUGGUUACCCAGCGAACGGAGGGAGUCAGCACGACUGGCAUUAUCACUCGCAUCGUCCGUGAUUACGAUCAAUACAUCUCCCGCCAAUUCAAACGCGGCGCAUCCCGCCAGGAACUCAACGUCAGUUGGUUAAAGAAGAACGAGUUGGAAAUCAAGCGUCAUGUCGUGGAACUCCGCGACAACAUCAAAAACAACUGGACCAUGACCGGUCAGGAACUUGGUCGCGAACUGCGCCAAAUCUGGCAGAACUCUCGACCUAGUUCCCCAGCCCCGAGUACCCGGAACAGCGUGGACUACGGUAGUGCCCGUGGACCUCUUGCUAGUCCGACUGGUGGGGCUAAAUCACAUCUGUCGAGGGUGGAGGCAUUGAACCGUCCCGAUAGUCCUAUGGGUGGUGCGCGCAAUGAAGACUUUGCGACUGGCUACAGCCUAGGAUUGAUCGGGGGGAGUUCGAGCAUGGUACAGAUGAUGCGUAGUCGUCAAUCCCUUCAGGAACCUCCUAGCCAGAUGCACUCACCCACAGAAGAGGAAGAACCUGGUUCGGAACAGAACGGGUUCGAAGAAGAGCCUCGUGGACGUGUCAAGGCUUAG